GAAUACCACCACCACGCCACUGGGAGCUGAGGAACGUUAGGCUGCUAAUUAUACGGAAAGAAAGGAAUUGCGGGUGAAACUUGUUAGCAUUGCAUUGUUUCUACAAUGGAGAGAAGUCAAGACGAACCAGUUGAUGGGCCAUCGACCUCAGAUGCUGUCGUUUCCAAGUCCAAGUUAUCUGCAGCUCAGAGAGCUAAGGUAGAGAGGAAUCGACAGAGGGCACUUUUAUUAAAACAAGCUCGACUGUCAGCAAGGCCUUAUCCUGAGGGACGGGGAAGUAAAAGUUCUGGGAAUGCUGAGGUGUUGCUGAAGACUGGACGAGUAGUGGACACUGGAGCAGGGUUCCUACUAGAAGAAGGGGAUGAAGACCCUCUUGACAUUGUUCCUGUGCCUCAGGAACCUGGCCCAGUUCUUGGUGGAGAUCCUCUACGAUGUGACGAAUGUGGGCGUGGCUUCCAAGACUCUUACCUCUUCAAACACUUCGAAUAUACAGUCUGUGAUGAGUGCCGAGACAAUGAAGAAAAGCAUGCCCUCAUCACCAAGACUGAUGCAAGGAAUGAAUUUCUUCUGAAGGAUGCUGACUUUGACAAGAGAGACCCACCUCUCAAGUUCAUCACCAGGAAGAAUCCACACCAUGUCAGAUGGGGAGAAAUGAAGCUCUUCCUCAGACUACAUGUAGAGAAGAGAGCGUUGGAGGUUUGGGGUGAUACUGAAGCAUUGGAAGAAGCAAGGGAACAGAGAGAGAUCAACAGACAGAAACAAAAACAGAAGAAAUUUGACAAGAAAGUUAAAGACCUCAGACGAGCAGUACGGACGAGCAUGUGGACAAAAGACCUUAGUGUUCAUCAGCAUACGUACGGUGAGGAAACAUGUGAUGAUGAGGAGACAGACAUGUACAGCAAGACAUGCUCAGGAUGUGGCCAUGUUGUAAGCUAUGAAAAAAUGUGAACGGGGCACGAUAAAGUUGAUGUUCAACGCAAUAUUGUGCCUUUAUUGAAUUUAUGUUAAAGGUAUUGUUUAACUUUGUGAGCAGCUGAUUUAAAAAAUUCUCAAACCAAGAAGAAACAUGUGUACA